CAUUAAUAGGUUAGGUUUACCUCCGUUUACAAGUGGGAGAGAGGGAGAGAGAUGUGCUGUUACGGAUUAACUAAUUUCAAUUAUGUUAAUAAUUAUUAUGAAUUGAGUUUAUCUUGAAAAAUGGCAUUCUUAGAUUGGAGGAAGUUGAAUUUUUUUGAUCUACAGAAGAAUUUUGACGCCGGGAAAAUCGCUGAAACUCUCACUGGCACUACUGUCACCGCAACCACCAGCGGCUUCAAUUUUUUGAUUAUUGGGGAUGCAGAAGGAAGUAUCCACCUUGUGAAUCGGAUUUUUCAAAUCACUACUUUCAGAGCAUUCAAUCUCCGUGUUGAUUUUCUGGAGCAGUCGCAAACGUCAUCUCUACUUGCAGCAAUUGGGUCAGAUGAACCAGGAAUCAAUCCUUUGUUGAAAAUAUGGAAUCUAUAUAAAACUGAUUCCCAUGAAAAUCCAUUAUGUGUGCGUAUCACAAGGGCAGUUCCAACCAAUCGCAAUAUCAGUAGUGCAGUACCAGCGUCCUGUCUCUGCAUUGCAGAUACACAUAAUUUAAUAGCUAUCGGAUUUGCUGAUGGAUCAAUAAAUUUGUACAGAGGAGAUAUUACAAGAAGUAAAUCAAGUAAAGUUAAAACCCUCAAAAAAACCAACCGCUUCAUUACAAGUUUAGCCUUCCGAACAACUGAAAAAAAUGCUAAUCUCUUUGUAACGACCGUUGAUUCCGUGUUUUUGUAUAGUAUAUCGCAAAACGAUGAAUUACUAGUGAACUUGGAUGAUGGUUCCUCUAGUGUGCAAGGUAAACUGAAGCCCAUCGGUUGCAAGCCGAAAUGUUCCACGGCCACCGAAUCUAUCAGAGACUGCCAUUUCAUGAUUGCAAAUGAAGAUGCAAUUUAUUGUUACACAUCCGAUGUACGUGGACCUUGUUACGCAAUGGAUGGAGAAAAAAUUCUUCUAAGUUGGUUUCGGACAUAUCUUAUUAUUGUCUCAAAAAAUUCAAACAUGAAUACAAGCAGUAAUGAUUCAGUCACUGUAACGAUACUGGACGUUCACCAUAAGCUCAUAGUUUGUAGUCAGAAUGUGCCAUCUGUCACUGCUGUUCUCAUUGAAUGGGGUCUGAUUUUUAUUUUUACCUCAGAUUUGUCAUUACAUCUCCUAGCUGAGAAGCAUAUCCAAGCUCGCCUCACAUUGUUGUUCAAGAAAAAUUUAUACGAUGUAGCUAUAAGGAUGGCAAAAAAUCAUCAGUACGACACAGAAGGUUUAACAGAAAUUUUUCGACAGUAUGGUGAUCAUCUGUAUGGAAAAGGGGAUCAUCAAGCUGCCAUUGAACAGUAUAUCAAAACGAUCGGAAACCUAGAACCGUCUUAUGUAAUUUGUAAGUUCCUUGGCUCUCAGCAGAUCGAUAUUCUGACUACGUACCUUAAUGCUUUGCACAAAGAAAAAGUUGCUUCUGGUGACCACACAACUCUUUUGCUCAACUGUUACACAAAACUGAAUAACCUGGAUAAAUUGAAUAGUUUUAUCAUGACAGAGGACAAAGAAGUUGAUUUCGAUGUUGAAGUGGCCAUCAAAGCUUGUCGAGGUUCAUGCAUCGACAAUGCCCUGAAGCUGGCAAAAAAACACCGCCGUCAUGAUUUGUACCUGACAAUUAAAAUCGAAGACCAGCAGGAGUAUGAGGCAGCUCUAGAUUACAUCGCUAGAUUACCAUUUGAUGAGGCAACGGAGAGUAUGAAAAAACAUGGCAGCACUCUGUUACAUUACAUUCCCAGUGAAUCAACCCAAUUUUUGAAAAAACUUUGUACAGAUUUCACUCCUAAAGAGGAAGAAAAUGAUACAAAGGAUUCUACCAAAGAAAAAUCUGCCAAUGUGCAGCAUGCUAACCCAAUAGACUUCAUUCCGAUGUUCCUCAAUAAAUCCAAGUAUCUAGUUGAAUUUCUGGAGCAUUUGGUGCAGAUUCCAAGUAAACGGAGUGAGUUAGUAUAUCACACUUUAAUUGAGCAUUAUUUACGGACGAAAAAUCAUCUUGCUGAUGAGCAAGUGAUGCGACUUCUCGAGUCAUCCAAUACUUGUUAUGAUAAGCUUCAAGUUUUAAUAUUGUGCCAUAAUCAUAAUUUUAUUCCUGGUAUGCUGUUUUUUUACAAGGAAAAUAAAAUGUAUUCGCAAAUUUUAAACCAUCACCUUGCGGUGGGUAAUUACCAUGCAGUGCUCGAAACUUGCAAUAAAUUCGGCAGCCAGAAUCGUGGCCUAUGGCUAGAAGCUUUAUUUAUUGGAGCUCGCCGCAACUGCCUGCCCCCUGCCAUCUUGACUGAAAUUUUAUCUGUGAUAGAGAAAGAGAAGCUGCUUUCUCCUUUAUUAUUGGUAGAAGAGCUUGCUUCCUGUACUGAUUCCGUUGGAGUCAACCUUGGUGCCAUUCGUAGUUAUUUGAAAACAGUUUUGACAAAUGAACGGAGUAUUGCAGAAAAAGAACACGCACUUGCCAACAAGUACAGAAAAGAAACAGCCAAAAUUCGGGAUAGGAUUAGAGAAAUCCAGAGCAAUGCUGUCGUAUUCCAGAGCUCCAGGUGUAGUGCGUGUAACAAUCAAUUAGAGCUUCCUUCCGUCCACUUUUUAUGCCAGCAUUCUUUUCAUCAACAUUGUUUCCAGAGCUAUGCUGAGAAUGAGAAAGAAUGCCCAGCAUGUUUACCAAAUAAUCAACCAAUUUUGGAUAUCAUCCAGUCUCAGGAAAAAAGUCGAGAGGGGAGCCAAACUUUUCACACUCAGUUGGAAACAGCUGAAGAUGGAUUCUCUCUUGUAGCACAUUAUUUUGGCAAAAGGGUUUUUAGAAAAAGUGCACUAAUCCCUGAUCCUGCAGGUUUGGUCAAGGAAUAUAAGAAAUUAGCAGAAAGUAAAUCAAUAGAUAAGGCAGAACUUGACUUGAUGCCAGUUAUGAAUCACUAUGCUUCAGAAUCAAAGUUCAUUGAUAUGUUUGGAUCAUCAAGUCAGACCUACACCGGAGAGAACCAUGUUGACCUUGCUUCGUCCUUGCAAAACAGCAUCCAAAAUUUCUCCUCCUCUAUAUCCUCCUCGUUGGAAAACAGAAAUUUCUUCUCUAAUGAAGCUACAUCAAAAACUUUAGACAGUGACCUUGGUUAUGAUGAUUCCAAAAAUCCAUUUGUCAAUGAAGAUACUUCAAAGAACCCAUUCUUGAAUGAUGACUAUGAUGACAACAAAAACCCAUUUGUUUAGCUGUUUCAUCAACGAGUGAUGACGUUACUUGAUAAAGGCGGUGAUCGAAUUGGUAAACAUCCAAGUUUCAUUUGCCAAAGAGCAAGUUAAUUCUAACCGCAAGCCACAAUAGAACUUUAAUUAAAAUAAAUCAAUUUAUCAGUGAUUUUGCAUUUCUACUUAAACUUUAAACUGGCUAAUUUCUUUUCAUGAUCAUAAUUUGCUGUACGCUUUCCUUAGCUAGUUAAUUAAAUUAAUAUCCAUGGCUGUGAUGCAAUUACGGAAGUUUUUUAAUAUUUAUCCCAGUCAAGAACUUGGAGAUAUGUAACUGAGAUACUCUGAGAAAAAAUGGAAUAUCAGAACCUAGUUUUCAUUUUUGUUACCAAAGCUAUAAGAUCCUUAGAUCACAAGCAAUUUUCUAGCCCUCAGGGUGGCUUCUUCGCCAUCACGAAAAUCUCACUCAACUUUAAUUUUGACUUCUUUGCAAUAGGUUAGCUUAAAAACUUCCUUCUAGCAGUUCUCCAUUUACUUUUAACUAGGGACUUCAGUUUAAAUUAGACUUUGAUCGCGACAGGGAACCCUUCAUUCUUCUCUCCACCUUAGAAAAACAGGCAGUUCUAUUAGAUUUGUUUAUCUCUAGUAUGCAGUACGCUUGUACCAAUAAAAAAAUACCUACUUUGUUUUACAAAAAAUUCCUUUUCACUCAAAAAGACUGAUAGCUACUACUUGUCCCUUUACUUAGGUAAAUAUUCCUAAUAAACAGGGAAGAAUAACUUGCUCUAGAAAUGCCUUCCAUUUUUAAACUCUGUAUUACCUUGAUCAUCUUGGGGCGACAAUGAGGCUCAUUUAUUCAGUUUUCUCCUUGUUUUCUCUUUAUUCUUUCCAUACCUAUUACAUAUGAUCUAUUUUGUUUGCUGUUCUGAUUUUUUGGUUGCCGACUCCCGCCACAAUUCAUCAGAUAAUCGAGGUAUUAUUGUAUUUCUCUCUUUUGAUGCUGCUGCAUUAAUCAUCUCUGCUACUCAGAUCCUAAAAAAUGUCAAGUUACUUAAUCAAGAAUUUAUAACUGCUGUUUAAUUUUGAAGCUUUCAAGUUUUGAGUAGUAUGAGCCAAAUACCCAAGUUUUAUCUUAAUUUUACUGGUGAGUUUACCAUGCGUAAUAUAAGUCAUAGUUUCAACAGAUUUUAGUCGUUAUUGAUCGUCAUGAUUCAUAUACAUACUAUAUUAUUAAUGAUGUUUUGUCAGGAUUGAAUCAAUAUUGCAAUCCAAUAAUUGCAUAAAACAAUCAAUGAAAAAAUAUUUUACUAUGAUUCAGCAUGUUCUUGUUAUCAUGUUUUUGUUUUUAAUUAAUCAAAGUUUUUAUUCUUCAAUUUUUGAGUCAUCAUUUCUUCCAUUUCAUCAGUUUUUGAAAUGCUUUGUUACCUGUUGACUGCUGGGCGGCCGUUCAUGAAAUACAUAAUUCUAAAAAUA